AUGCCACCCAUAGCGGGAUACUGGCAUAGCCUCUUGACGAGGCAUGCCAAAACAUGGAAGGCAGUUGCCAAACAAGUCCAGAAGGCUGUCCAGAGCAAAGUAGCCCAGCCGGCACGCGCUGAACUCCAGCCUGUCCUGGCCCGCAGCUCUGCAAGACAGCCACUUCACCCUGCUGCUCGCAUCAGACAGCAACAAAGCCGUUGGUUCAGCAGCUCCUCACGCUCCACCUUCAAGGACACUGUUCGUCGCUUCGCAUCGAUUGCCGAGCAAUCCUCUGGACACCAGUACAAGCGCAGCUCUCUGCCCAAGUCUAGCGUUGGCAAUGCUGUCAUCUGUCAUUCUGGCCGCGCUCCUUUCGCUUCCACUCUGAGACCCAACCUCACCGGAGGCACCCUAGGACGCACAUCUGGAGGCUACUCGCUCGGAGGCGGUCGCGUUGGAGGCCAGAGAUACUUCUCUCACGGCCCCGCCAGCCAAGCACAAGUCGUCCAGAACGUCUCUCAGGCUGUCCGUGCCUUUUUCGUAUCUGGAAACAAGGCUCAAUUCAAUGGCGUCAACCCUCGUGGAGAGAAGUCGUACAAGACUGUUACCAUCACUCAGCACGACACCGCCAAGAAGCUGCAUUCGCUCCCCAAGCAGACCCCUGGCUCCUACAUCUCUUUCCCUAUCAACCCCACCAUCACCGCCUUGACUUCUCUUGAGGCUGUUGCCGGUUACGCCGAUACCGAGCACGUCAACUCCGACGGUCUCCUCGAUGGUCUCACCGUCGAUUUCUCCCGCUCACUAAAGGAUCUGGCCGCUGUCCUCAGCGACCUCAACAAGCUCUCGACCCUAGGAGACUUGCCCAUCACAUACGAAGGCUCAUCACUCCGCAUCCAUUUCCCCGGUUGCGAUGCCGAUACCGUCGACAGAUUACGCGACGAGCUACAAAUCCAGCGUGGCAUCACUGCCCAAGACGAAGACUUUGACGACUACGUCGGCUCUGAGAUUGCCCUGCUCUUCCCCUUUGCCCCGAGCGCACAGGAAUCCGAGUCUGGCAGCGAGUUCUACGAAUCGCCAUCGAGGAGUUAUACCAAGCCCAUCGACUGGCAAACGAUGAUCACACCCUCAGAAAGCAGUGUCGCCUGCGAUCUGGCAAUCAAAUCAGAUACGCUCUCAGAACUGGACUUUGAAUUCGAUAGCCCGGGUGUGGCUUCAGACUAUGAGUCUCUGCAUUAUUCUAGUUCCGGCGAACAAGAAGAUACGCAGAGUCCGCUCGAGUAUCAGAAUUUCGAGGGGAUCUAUAGGUUUAUUGAACAGUGUGAUUCGCAUCGACACUGA